UAUCUGUGCUUAAAUAUGUCACAAUCCAUUCUAGAUGUGGUCAAAGAAUGCGACAAUUUUACUCCAAGUGAUGGACCCCCGUCUCACUCAAGAGUUCUGGACAAACGCUACGCUUUUAUAGUAAAUGGCUAUGAUGUGACAUUGGGAUAUAUUCCCCGCGAAACCUUUGAAAAAAUCAAGUGGUCCUUCUGGUGGGAGAUCGAUCAUUACCGACGUACAGUGACUCUAAUGGUACCAAUCACCGCUACGAGUGAAUCGCGCUCUCGACUGGUAAAGGAAACUCUCCAAGCUACCAGAGAGCUUGGUGCAAUUUCGAUCCUCGAAAACUGGCGAGAUGAAACCUUCCCCGUAUACGGUCCACAGGGGCAAGUUCUGCUGGAGAUAGAGCGUUGCGCAAGUGCCUUAUUUGGGAUUGUGGCUUAUAAUGUCCAACUGGUUUGUUAUAUAACGACUGAACAAGGCCUUCAAGUAUGGAUUGGCAGGCGAUCAGACUCAGAACACAAACCAACAAAUUCAGGGAUGCUCAAUACUACUGUAGCUGGGGGCCUCCCUUCUGGAAAGCUACCAAUCGAAGCUCUUCUAUGGAAAGCACAAGAAAAGGCAUCUCUACCAAAGGAUACAGUGAGAAGCAAGGUUCAAUCGGUAGGCCAUCUCACGUAUUUUCAUGUGCAGAGCAGGGCUAGAGGAGAGACUGGGUUGUUACAGCCAGGGGUAGAGUAUCUCUAUGAACUUGAAUUAGAUGCAAGCAUAACUCCAAGAUCGAGCUCCGAAGUGGAGAGUUUCACACUCUACACGGUGAAAGAAGUGCUUCAUGCUCUGAAAGCGGGACAGUUUAAGCCAAACAGUGCUAUUGCUAUUACCAAAUUCCUCAUUUCACAUAGGAUUCUGAACGCUGAAAAUGAGCCGGACUACACUGAAAUCCUGUCGCAUUUACAUCGUGAGCUUGAGUUCCCUUGUGUGAUUCUGCCAUAUAAAUAAUCAUCUAGACAGCUUUGAUGGUCCUGGCAAAGCAAGCUUAUGACUCCAUAACCUGUUGGCUAUUGAAAAUACCAGCUAGACGUCUU